UCAUUUCCACCUCAGGCACAAUAAACAGUCUUUACUACCCAACGUGGACUUUUACCAAUAAUAACUGCAGCUGGUAUAUAUAUGUAUUUUACGACUUGGCCAUAGAAAUAGAGAUAGAAAAUUUGGAAAUCACACCUUGCUGCGAUUCUUUCACAGUAGUGGAUAAUAAUAUGAAUCAACAAUUAUGGAGACUGCUGAACUCUACAAACGGCACAUUUGAAACUGGAACAAACAACAUUACAAUAACGUUAACAACAAGUGGAAGUGCAUCUAUAAAAGGAUUCCGCCUGCAUUAUCGAACAUACCUACCAAAUGAUACUUUGACUACAGCAGGUCAAGAUUCCAUGUCAUCAGAGACAACAGACAGUACAAUAGAUAGUUCGACAGAAUGGCCAAGCACCACAACAGGUACGACUACUACGUCACAAUGGCCAAGCAUCACAGAAGAUGCGACUACUACGUCACAAUGGCCAGGCACCACAACAGAUACGACUACAACGUACAACUGUGCCACAAUGGCCAAGCACCACAACAGGUACGACAACCGUGCCACAAUGGCCGAGCACCACAACAGGUACGACAACCGUACAACAAUGGCCAAGCACCACAACAGGUACGACAACCGUGCCACAAUUGCCAAGCACCACAGAAGAUUCGACUACUACGUCUCAAUGGCCAAACACCAUUGA